GAAGGAUAACCAUAAUCUCCACCAUGACACAAGUUUGAACGUAAACGUCCAUGAAACCAGUGUUUAGGAGGCAGACAUGUGGAGACUGAACAGAGUCCGUUACAAACAUGUUGGACAGAGCAGCAAAAGCUCAGAGGAGCUGCGUCUGAAGAGACGGGAGCAAGAAAAAGCUCUGAGACAGGCGCGCAGAGACAAACAGCUGGUGAGCAAGAGACUCCUGUUGAAUGAAGAUGACGAGGUCACCAUGGAAACUACCUCAGGAGAACAGGACGUGGUCAGCUUGUUGUACAAACUUCAACAGAGCGGCUCUGAGCGGGAGACGCACCUGAAGGAUCUGAGUAAAGCUCUCCGUGACCCAUCAGCACAACUCACCUUCAUCAAGCAGGAGAAUAGUAUGCAUCUGUUGGUCAGUCUCCUCACUGGCUCUAAUACUCAAUGCCGUCUUCAUGCUGUCCGGUGCCUUCAUGAGCUGUCUCACUCCGUCCACACCAAUGUGGCCCCAGCGUGUCUGCCUGCCACCCCCUACCUGCUCACCUACCUCUCUGGACAGAGCACCAAGUUCACUGAGCUGUGUCUCUACACACUGGGUAAUUUAAUUCCAGACAGUGAUGUUGUAAAGGAGAAACUUCUGGCCCAGGGAAUUAUACCAGCUCUGGCCAGUUGUAUGGAGAACCAGAGGCAUAAUCUUGCAGUGGUGGAAGCAGUGGGGUUCACCCUCUCUCAGCUUCUCCAGGCAAAAGAUGCAGCAGAGAAAAUAAUCCCGACUGUCCUGACCUCCUGUUUACCUUCACAACUGCUAUCAGUUCUGACUCCUGACCCAAAGUUUGGCCUGGCACCUGCUAUAGAGUGUGCAUGGUGUCUGCACUACCUGGCAUGCAGUAAGGACAGCAGAGGACUGUUGGCUCAGGGUGCCUUGUUACAGUGCAGUUCACUGUUAUCAUCUCUAGGGGGUGCUGAAGGAAGCAAAGAAGGGAUGGAGUUGCUUGUCUGUCCCCUGCUGCGUUGUGUGGGGAACCUUCUGUCCUUCUGUCCAGUCGACAGCCUGAGCAGCCAAGUAGGCGACGUCCGACUUGUGGUUGCCCUGUGUGCCUUUCUUCAGGCUUACCUUCACACCCAGCCAGCCUUGGCCAGAGAGAGUGCCUGGGUGCUCAACAACCUCACAGCUCACUCCGGGGAGUUCUGCUCUGCUCUGCUCACUUUUAACUUGGUCCCUGGACUGAUGCAGCUUCUGCUUUUCUCUCAAGGCAUCAAUACAAUGAUCCUCAGGAUUCUAGCAAAUGUUGCCCACAAGAAAAAGGAGCUCUGUGUCCAGCUGGUCCACCUCGGUCUCCUGUCUACACUCUGUUCAACACUCAAAAUGGCUGACCAAGAAAUGGUGACCCUGAGUCUAGAGGUCCUCUUCAUGUUGGUUGUUAGUGGGCCGCAGGUGGUAGACGAGUUUGUGAGGCUAAAUGGAGUUCCCCUGUUGGAAGCCAUUCAGUACAAUAGUGACGGAGAGAUGAGGCAAAGAGCAGUGUACCUUUUAGAGCGCCACCUACUGUCUGACUCAUCAUCUGCCUGCACAGUCGACAACGUCUCAUCCUCCUGAGCCAGUGUGGAGUCACAGUGUCAUCAAACAUAGCUACACUCACGAGACUUCCUAUGUGCUGCUUUUAUAUUUAAAUAUUGUCAUAUGAUAUAUUUUUUUAUUUCUAAUGGUAUUUUUAAUUACUGUAAAGAUGGGGUAAUGUUUUUAGUCUGUCUAGUCUUACACUCAUUCACAAACCUGAAAUGUAUUGUGUGUUAUUAUGUAAUGACUGCAUGUUAGGGUACACCCACUGUGUGUACAUUCAAAUGUAGAGACCUUAUUUAUAUGGAAACUGAUUUAAAAUAUCAAAGAGGACUAUGAUGAAGACCACAGUAUUUGAAAUGGUGAUGGAUUUUAGAUCUUUUUUGAGGAAAAAAUGCAAUGGCAUUGAUUAUCAUGCAUUCAUCAGAUAUAUUAAUAAACUGAUUCACAACAAAGAUAUUCAUU